CUGAAACUAAAAUGCUGCCAGCAUCAUUUUUGUUGUCGUCAUACUCAUCCUACUCAUCAUCUUCAUCACCGUCAUCAUCAUCAUCAUCAUCAAUGUCGUCGUCCUGCUGAGAGUGAGUGACGGAUGGGCAGACAGGUACGACGUGACGGACGGAUUUGUCCGGGAGGCAGCCGGUGGUAUUACUAUCAAGCUCCAGUCGGCCGACGUGAAGUGGUUUGACGAGUACUAUCUUAAACUUCGGCCUGAGAACAACCUCCGGAACCCCUGGUUUCCAGAGUUCUGGCAGCAUCGCUUUCACUGUCGGAUUAAAGGCCACCCACAGGAGAGCAGCAAGUACAACCGCACCUGUAGCAAGCGAGAGUCGCUUCGGCAGCAGUACGCACAGGACACCAAGAUGGGGUUCGUCAUCAAUGCCAUCUACUCAAUGGCAUAUGGCCUGCAUAAUAUGCAGCGGGCUCUCUGCCCAGGUUAUCAGGGUCUAUGUGAUGCCAUGCGACCUAUAGAUGGUGCCACACUGCUGGACUUCCUGAUGAAAACUAACUUCACCGGCGUGUCAGGGGAGGGAAUCUUAUUUGACGAGAAUGGAGACUCACCCGGCAGGUAUGAGAUAAUGAACUUUAAAAAGAUGGGGAAAGACUACUACGACUACAUUAAUGUUGGCAGUUGGGACAACCGUGGCUUGAAGAUAGACAAUGAUGAAAUCUGGCCCAACAAAGAGGCCAUCAUCAAGUCAGUCUGCAGUGAACCCUGUGCCAAAGGAGAGAUUAAGGUGAUCCGUAAAGGUGAGGUGAGCUGCUGCUGGACGUGCACUCCCUGCAAAGAAAACGAGUUUGUGUUCGACGAGUACACCUGCCGAGCCUGUGAGCUGGGCUCGUGGCCCACUGAUGACCUCACAGGCUGUGACCCAAUCCCAGUUGAGUACCUGCGGUGGGGAGACCCUGAGCCAAUAGCUGCUUUGGUCUUCGCCUGCCUCGGUCUAAUGGCCACAUUCUUUGUCACUGCCGUCUUCAUCAGAUUUCGGGACACCCCAGUGGUGAAAUCUUCCAGUCGGGAGCUGUGUUACAUAAUACUGGCAGGGAUCUGCCUGGGUUACCUGUGCACCUUCAGCCUCAUAGCUAAACCCCACGUUAUCCACUGCUACCUCCAACGACUGGGAAUCGGCCUCUCACCUGCCAUGAGCUACUCUGCACUUGUCACUAAGACAAACCGCAUCGCUCGGAUCCUGGCGGGAAGCAAGAAAAAAAUCUGCACAAAGAAACCUCGCUUCAUGUCGGCCUGCGCUCAGCUCAUCAUUGCCUUCCUCCUCAUCCUGCUGCAGCUGGGCAUCAUCGUGGCUCUCUUCCUCAUGGAGCCACCUGAGGUGAUUCAUGACUACCCCAGCAUCCGCCAGGUCAACCUCAUUUGCAACACCACCAACCUGGGUGUGGUUACCCCGCUGGGAUACAACGGCCUGCUCAUCCUCAGCUGCACCUUCUAUGCCUUCAAGUGCACAUCAUCACACAACAGAACAGCAAUGAUGAAACCACUGACCCGCAACGUCCCGGCUAAUUUUAAUGAGGCGAAGUACAUCGCCUUCACCAUGUACACCACCUGUAUCAUCUGGCUGGCCUUUGUACCCAUCUACUUUGGGUCCAACUACAAAAUUAUCACCAUGUGCUUCAGUGUCAGCCUCAGUGCCACUGUGGCUCUGUGCUGCAUGUUUGUACCCAAGGUGUACAUCAUUUUGGCCAAACCGGAGCGUAACGUGCGCAGUGCCUUUACCACUAGCACCGUGGUGCGCAUGCACGUGGGUGAUGGCAAAUCUUCCUCAGCUGCCAGCCGUUCAUCUAGUCUGGUUAACCUGUGGAAACGCAGAGGCUCCACUGGAGAGACACUCAGCUCCAACGGUAAAUCAGUUUCCUGGGCGCAGACGGAGCGCAGCAGUACACGUGGCAACCACCUGUGGCAGCGGCUGUCCUUCCACAUCAAGAAGAAGGAGAACAAUCAGACCGCCGUCAUCAAGCCCUUCUCCAAAACCUCUGAGGAACGCUACUGUGGAGGAGGCAACCUUCCCCCGCACGUUCCUCUGCCCUCCCUCCCCUCCAUGUCCUCCAUGUCCUCCCAUCAUGACGCCGGACCAGACAAGACCCUGUACGAGCUCUCGGAAGCAGAGGAGCGCUAUUCGAUCACGUACCAGCCGCAGACGCCCUCGCCGAUCAGCACGGUCAGCCAGAGACUGGGGACGGGUUUAGGGGAGGAGCCUCAGAUGUCUGCUAUUCCAAUGUACCCGAGCAGCAUCUGCAGCGGCGGCAGCGGCAGCAGUUGUGGUCCCGUCAGCAGCUGUUCUGUCAUCGCUGGGAGUGAUGGUCGUCUGGUCAUCGUGGAUGAUCACCCAGGGCAGGCCCAGAGCUCACUGAUGGAUCAGAUCAGCUGCGUAGUAAACCGCUUCACCGCCAACAUCACCGAGCUCAACAGCAUGAUGCUCUCACCUUCUCCGACUCACUCACAUACAAACAAACACACUCCCCCUUCCCCUCACCCCACCGACCCCUAUCUGUUACCCCGUGAACUGCACAUGGCCCCGACCCUCACCACCUACGCUGAUGUCCAGCCCCUCCCACCUGUCGAGUCCAGCCUGGGGGGCCGGGGUGGCUGCCUCGCUCACUCUAUUCCUCAUUCACCUUACCCACUGCUGCCUCCUCACCCCCAGGGCUCCCCCCCUCUCUCCCCUAUGCGCGGAGGCCUGGUUAGCUGCCUGAGCGACUCCCCUCUUAGGCGGGCGGAGCUGGAAGAGGAGCUUAUCGCUUUGACUCCUCCUUCACCCUUCCGUGACUCUCUGGCGUCCAGCAGCAGCAGCAGCUCACAUGUCUCUGAGGCAGACCUCUGUCUCCCACCAGUCCCCUCCCAUCCCCCCCCCUCUCCCCCUUCACCCAGGUUUAGCAGACUGACGCUCAGAAACUACAGCCAGAGUUCAUCUUCACUGUGAGGCAGAGAUAACAAGAAAAUGCGCCAGUGAAGAGGAGCGCCCAAAAACAACAACGGGUCACGCGGAAGACGAAGAGACUGAAAUCCGUUUUGUCCCUACGCUGAGUUAAAAACCUGACGUGAAGGAGUCAUGGAGGGCUGGUUGGUGGAGGCACCAAGCUGUGUUUGUGUUUACAUGUUCGCAGUGAGAUGCAAGUAUAAGAGGCUUUUCCCGCGUCGUGUUUUCUUAGUGCUGUCUCUCACAAGUCGAACUUAAAGAACUGCAAAAAUAACCAUGGUAAUGUUGCAGUGGUUCGGUGUCUGUAGAGCCACUAAUCAUUCUAGAAAGGUCUAGAGCUACGGAUCAUUUAGGUUUGGGUAGUGGCCUUAAGGUAACAUGGCUAUACACUAAUUAGAGACUGUGAAUAUGUGUGUGUGUGUGUGUGUGUGUGUGUGUGUGUGUGUGUGUGUGCAUCAGUGUGUUUUUGCUGUAUCUUACUUAAUGAGAGUUAAUGGCAACAUGACAGUAUUGAUAGGGUCAGACUCCAAAAGCCUGUAUGGACUAAAUAGAGGCAAACACACACACACACACAC